AUGUGGAAAACUUUUAUGUGGAGAGCUCUUUCUAAUAUUCUUCUAGUGACAACAAAUCUGCUUUUAAAGAGGGUUGAGGUUGAGCCAGAAUGUCCAAUGUGUGGGAUUGUUCAUGAGGAUGUAAUGCAUGCUCUCGUUUCGUGUGAUUUUACUCAACUUGUGUGGCAUGAAUCACAAUUAAUUCUCACCAAUACUAUGGGCAAUUCUUUUCCCAUGUGGUUCACAAAUCUCAUGACAUUAUUCACUGAAGAUCAUAUUUCCUAUGCAGUGGCAAUACUAUAUUUUGUGUGGAAGGCAAGAAACAAUGCCGUCUGGGAUGACUUUCUUCCGUCUCCGAAGAGAGUGGCAGCUUCGGCUCUUGCGGCGUUGCGGGCGUGGAAGGCGGUCGCACAAGGCCACCAGUCGACGUCUGGGCUCUCUGUGGCAGAAGGGGAAGCGGCGAUACAAGGCGUUCCCAUCCAGUUGGCUGAAGAUGCUCCACUCUUGUGCUUCUUCGAUGCCAGUUACGAUCCGCUAACAUUGCAAGCCACGUUCGGGGCGGUGUUGCUGGAUCCAGGAGGAGGGUACGUGGCUGCAUGUGCUGGUCAGCUCAUCGACUGCUUUUCUCCACUAAUGGCGGAGACCGUGGCGUGCAAGGAGGUCCUAAUCUGGCUCGUGGGUAGGGGCGUGGCUUCGGUUCAGCUCAAAAUGGAUUGUUCACAACUUUGCAGCGGUUUAAGCAAAAUGCAAUCUUCCUUUUACUCGUAUGUUGGUCUUUAUAUUGAUGCAUGCAUGAGGGCUAUUGCCACCUUUUCAUAUUGCCAUAUUAGUCUAGUCUCUAGAUCGGUAAACGUUAUUGCUCAUUCUCUUACUUCUGCGGCCGUUCGCUAG